CGCAGCAGUCAAAACCUUUAGUUGAGGAUUGAUUUUCACACGAUAAGAACAGUAGCGAUUGCUAGACGGAUUAUUCAGCGACACAAUUCCCGAAAUAUAACCUUAAGUCUUGUGACCUGGACGCCCGUGACACCACCUUGCCUCCUUGCGAUCCUUCAACCCGUACAAAAUCACCAUCCCAAGUCCAAACACGACAAUUAUUCAUCCCAACAAUUUCUCAUCACAUCAUAAGAAAAUCAAUUGCAUCCUCCGCCCGUUCAAAACCUUAAAAGAACCUAUAAUCAGACGAUAUCAACGUACAGACGUGCAUUCAACCCAUGUUAUUGAAACUUGGGACGUUUUAAGGUUGUCGGAGUUGAUACACCUCCGUGCUUCAUGUACUCGCUUGCUUACAAUGCCAUGGACGGACAUGAUUGAAGCCGAGGAGAGUUAAGGGUUGGCAAUGGGAUGAAAAGACUGGAUUUCUUUUACAUGGGCAGUAAUAAUGCUUGUGUUGCUAUCGAGAAAGAGGAAUGGUGGUUUGGGUGCGAUUCGAGUAUAAGACAGUUGUUGAAGAAAGAUAUACAUACAUACACCUAAAGUUAGGCUAACCCCCUGUCAUAUGCGAAGUUUUGCCAUCAUAUGAAGAGACCGAAUAGGGAGGCAAUGUACACACCAUUAAGGCCCAGCCUUACACAUACUACCCCAAACAUCUCCAUUUAUCAACCUUUAAGCAAAGCAUCCAAAGAUGAUACACACCAUCUCAACUUCAAAAGAUAGUUACAUGCCAAGCCUUCACUCCUGUCAUCUUAUCUCAAUCAUCAUCCGUAGUUUUGGUUCCCGUCAAGAGACCUAACCCCUGGAGUUUUAAAACUCCCUUCCCCAAACACUUCAAAAGUCAUUUCUGUUACAACCCCAACCUUCAUGAUGUCCUUGAAUAUUCUUGGAAGAAGGAAUUGUAUUGAAGUUACCUCAUGUGUAUCGCCAAGGUUGGAACAAUCGGACAAGCAUGUUGGAGAUCAUUCAAUCUUCGUUUUUGCUUAAUUAUGCCUUCUUUCUCCCUCGAUGUAGGUUUUGAUUUUUUGAUAUUCAUCUCUUGUAUUUUACUUUGUCUACUGUUUCUUUCUCUCUUCGUCAUUCUUCCUACUAUCUCUUAUAAUAUAUACGUAUUCUUUAAUUGUUUUGUCGGCGAGUACGAUAUACAUACAUCAAGCGCUAGUCGCCAUCAGUCUAUUCUGCUCUAUUCUAUAAUUUUUAGAAAGACUUAUUCACACAGUAGUUCUCUAACUUCACAACUAUUCAUUCUAUCAAAAUGCAUUUCACUCAGUCUCUCCUCCUUUCCGCCUGGAGCAUCAGCACUGUCUAUGCCGCAGCCAAUACAAGCACUUCUCAAACCCAUAUAGUCCGCGUCGGCCAGGCCAACAAUAGCACUGCACUUAGAUACUUCCCCGACAACAUUUCAGCCAAAGUAGGCGAUACAAUCCAGUUUCAAUUCGCAGCCGGAAACCACACCGUUACCCAAUCCACUUUCGACGCACCCUGCGUUCCAAUUAGCCAAAGCUCAAAUAACACAGGUGUUUAUAGUGGCUUUAUGAAUGUAGCUGCUGGAUUGAAUAGUACGGGUAUGGUACCAGUAUUCAGCAUGCCGGUUAAGGUCGCUACACCUUUGUGGUUUUAUUGUAGUCAGGGAAAGCAUUGUCAAAAUGGAAUGGUUUUGGUGGUCAACGAGAACACCGCAGCGAACUCAACCCGCUCUCUCGCAAACUUCGCAGCACUAGCAGCAAAAGCCACAAAAAAUAUCGCCCCUACAUCCAACGGUACUUCGUCCACUUCUUCUUCCUCUUCCUCGACUUCUAAUUCGGGCUCUUCGGGAUCAACGGGCUCUUCCUCGGGCUCUUCCUCCGGCUCUUCGGGCUCAGAUUCCUCAUCCACAGCAACAACACUCUCUCCAGCCUCAGGUACAUCUUCUAGUAACAGCGGCGAUUCAUCUGCAGCUGCAUCCGGAACAGCCACCACCAGCACGAGUCUUACGGCCGCUACUGCAAAUGCAGGAAAUAGAUUUGGAGUCCACAAUGCGAUGGGAUAUGUGGGCGCACUUGGAGCUGGUGUAAUGGUUUUGCUGUGAGGGGUUGAUUGAUAAGUUCGAUGAUGGAUGAUGGAAAAGAGAUAUCUAAAAGAUGAGAGAAAAGUAAAUUUGGUGGAAAUAAUGCGGAAAAUAAAAGAAAAGAUGAUUCGUUAAUGUAUCACUAUGCAUAUAUGCAUUAUACCGCGAUCCUGUGGACGGGACGCGAUGAUGGCGUAUGGAGAUUACUCUCUACUUUUUUUUUUGUUUAAUUCGCUGGAUGAUAAAGCGAUGUAUCAUGAUGAGAUAGAAUAGAUGAUGUCUGUCAUAUCCAUAUAACUUUCGUCAUCAUGUAUGUACAUGUGAAGUGCUCGUUCAUACUAGAGUCAAAUGCACUAGACAAGAUUAGAUAGUUAAUAACUGGCCCUCUUGAACAAUAUUCAGAUUGGAGAUAGAUGGCUCCUUGACUUCA